AUGAAUGUCAAGGUCAUAGAUUUUGAAAGACUUAAGGAAGAGUAUGAGUCUUGUCCUGAUUAUAGGGAUAUUUUUCUUACUUUGCAAAGUGGACAGUCGGAUAUCACUGAUGGAUUCCGUCUUGAGGAGGGCUAUCUUUUUAGAGCCAAUAAGUUGUGCAUCCCUCGGACUUCCGUUUGGGAUUUUAUAGUUUGGGAAGUUCAUGCUGGAGGUUUGGCUAGACAUUUUGGACGUGAUAAGACUAUAGAGGAGGUUGAACGUGAAUUCUAUUGGCCUAGUUUGAAGAAAGAUGUGGCUAAGAUAGUUAGCACAUGUAACACCUAUCAGUUGGCCAAACAGAAGCGACAAAACACUGGUCUCUACAUGCCCCUUCCCGUUCCUAGUUGUCCUUGCAAGACUUCAGAUACGUCAAAGGUUGCUAGGUUGUACUUUAAUGAAAUUGUCAAGUUGUAUGGUCUUCCUAAGACUAUUGUGUCAGAUAGGGAUAUUCACUAG